CUGUCAAGGUCAAUAAUAAAUUCAGAGAUGGCAGCAAAGCUUGGGGGAGCGCUGCGGACGUUGCGGUAUCUUACGACCAGGCCCGUGUCAUGUCGACUCAUAGGCACGAGUCCGUCAGUGAGAUGUGUGCACGAGGACCGCCCUCAGUUUCCUGGGUCAAAGUCAAAGUUCACCUAUAAAUUGUCGUUUUUGGAUCCAGAUGAGGAAGCUGGAAUUCCUGUGUACCGGGUAAUGAACAGUGAGGGAGAAAUGACCGAGAAAAGUGAGGACCCCAAGAUUGACAAAACCACGAUUCUAAAGAUGUACCGGGACAUGACUCUGUUGAACUCAAUGGAUAAGAUCCUGUACGAAUCGCAGAGGCAGGGGAGGAUCUCAUUCUACAUGACUAACUUUGGGGAGGAGGCCACACACAUCGGCUCAGCGUCCGCUCUCCACCCCGAGGACCUGGUGUUUGGACAGUACAGAGAGGCAGGGGUGCUGAUGUGGAGGGGGUUCACUCUUGAUCAGUUUAUUAACCAGUGUUAUGGAAACACGGAGGACGUUGGCAAAGGACGACAGAUGCCGGUCCAUUAUGGAUCUCAGGAUCUCCAUUUUGUCACCAUAUCAUCCCCCCUAGCUACUCAAAUGCCUCAAGCCUCUGGUGCAGCUUACGCCUUCAAGAGAGCCCAGAACGGGAAGUGUGUCAUCUGUUACUUCGGGGAGGGUGCAGCCUCAGAGGGAGACGCCCACGCAGCCUUUAACUUUGCUGCUACUCUGGACUGCCCAGUCAUUUUCUUCUGUAGAAACAAUGGGUAUGCAAUCUCUACUCCAACAUCUGACCAAUACAGGGGAGAUGGAAUAGCUUCCCGAGGCAGUGGGUAUGGGAUGCUGACAAUAAGAGUGGACGGCAAUGAUGUGUUUGCUGUACACAAUGUCACGAAGGAGGCUCGGGAAAUCUGUGUCUCACACAACCGACCGGUGCUGAUAGAGGCUAUGACCUACAGGAUAGGCCAUCACUCAACAUCUGAUGAUAGCUCCAUGUACCGCAAAAAGGGAGAGGUGGUGAAGUUUGAUACAAAUAAUCCCAUUGGAAGACUGCGGAGCUACAUGGUUAAACAAGGCUGGUGGAAUGACGACCAGGAAAACGAGUGGAAAGAAGAAUCCAAGAAAAUGGUGAUGGAGUCGUUCGCUAAAGCCGAGAAGAGAAAGAAGCCAAACCCUACAGAGCUAUUUAAAGACGUGUAUGAGGAAAUUCCUCCUCACCUACAGAAGCAGAUGGAUUCCCUUAAAGAACAUCUGUCCAAGAACGAGGACAAAUACCCGACACAGAAUUACGAGGCCUGGUCUGAACAUUGAAUUCUGUUACUUCUCACUUCAGGAAUCUCAUGUUGUCAUAAUACUGCUUGUGUGUGAAUAUACCAGGUCUUUCCACAGUAAGGAAUACAUGUAUCAGGACCUGUCAGGCUCCAUGGUAGGGGUCACUAGGAGUCAUAGCUAGGGGAGGAUGCCUACAGCAUUGUAGGAGGGUGGAUUAUACAUGUACCGGCCAGUAGGAACACAAUCAUUAUAGGAGGCUUGAUUAUAGGAACUCAAUUACAAUUCCAUUAUUGUGAUACGAAAACAUUCAGUAUCAACCAAAGUAAGACAUGUUAGUGGCACUUGGCUGGUCUGGGUGGGAUUUUCUUUUUUUAUGUGUGUGUGUAAGAAAAAACAAAGUAAUUGUCUACAGUGGCACCAAAAAUGAAAUUAUUUUAUGACUUGAUUGUACAAAUACAAGUUUAUUGAUAUGAAGAUACAUGUACCAUGUUGCCAUCAUCACAACUCUUUCUCAUAAUGAAGUUUAUAAUAUGAAUAUGGAGUACUUAACUAUUACAUGUACUUAUCUUUGUGAUGCCUCAUGCAGUUAUUUCAUUUUGAAGGAUUUUUUUAAAACCUUGAAGUGUUGAAUUUUUGAUUGUUUUAUAAAAUUUAAUGUACCGUACUUAUAGUUAUGACUAAACAAAUAUCUGAAUAAUUAAGUGAGGCAUUUUUUGCAGAUUCAUAAUAGUCUCCGGUUUUUGUCUGAAGAAACUUCUACCUCUAUUUACUGAAUGUAUGCAGUAUAUGUUACAAAUUCUUCACUGUUGGGUAAAAUGCGUAGUUAUAUCUGUGAAGAAUGUAUUACUCAGUACAUGUAGUAAAACAGACAUCUGAUCUCAUUUACAUUAAUUCAUUUGGGAAUGAUGAUUUAAAUACAUGUAGUUAUACAAUGAGCAGAAUAAUUUUUCUGAAAUUUAUUCUUCAUUCAGUAAAUAAUCAAUCUUUUUUUAAAAGGUGUGAACAUUUUGGGAACAACAUUUUCUUUGUGAAGAAUAUAUAUUACGCACAUCAUUUCUGUAAAAAAUUUAUGCCCUUGUAAACAUACGUGGUGCAAAAGGUUUCACUUAAUAUGCACUUAAUGUUUCUGUGACUCGAUCUAUACAUGUAUGUAUUAUCAUGGCAUCCUAUUACGUAAUUAUUCUUCGGUGUGUUUUUUCGGCAGGCUUAAUUUUUUUCCCCAAAAUAAAUGAAGCACAAUUCAAUCAUGGAUUUUGUGAG